ACAGACAGCAGACCGGCUGUCCCAAGCUGCGCUGAUCCUUCACUCUCCGGCACCAAACCGUAGUCCGCCUGCUGCUGCUUCCCCUUCAUUACCGGCCACCUGCCUCUCCGAGAAUAACACAGCGGCACCGAGACGCUCAGGGCGAGCACAGCCAGAGCACGGAGUGGAGACGAGACCCUGACCGGCAAACCCCCACCCCCUCCACCGCUGUCCCGCGGGAGGACCGGCUGCGCACAGAGCGCGCUUGGCGACCCGGGUUUGUUGUCGUUACCAGCAGAGGAGCGCUCAGCGAGCAGAGCCGUAGCUGGUACAGCUCUGUGUGAACCGGGCUGCCCGCUCCGAGGAGCCACUUGCAUGGAUGCGCCAUGGCCACGUUUGUCUGCAGGGUUCAGUUUUUAGAUGACACCGAUCCGUUCAACAGCACUAACUUCCCGGAGCCGACGAGACCUCCGCUGUACACCUUCAGGGAGGAUAUCCCACUCAUCAACCAGUUAGCAGGCGUCCACCGGCUCCUCCAAGCUCCACACAAGCUUGAUGACUGUACGCUCCAGCUGUCCCACAAUGGCACCUAUCUGGAUCUGGAGUCCUCUCUGGCUGAGCAAAGGGACGAGCUGGAGGGCUUUCAGCAGGACGACACAGGGUCCAGAGGGAAGAAGCAUAGUGUUAUUUUACGGACCCAGCUGACUGUCCGUGUACACUCCUGCAUCGAGAGACUGUAUAACUCCAAUGGACGUGACUUAAGAAGGGCACUGUUCUCUCUAAAGCAAAUUUUUCAGGAUGACAAAGAUCUGGUCCAUGAGUUUGUGAUGGCUGAAGGUCUGACGUGUCUCAUCAAAGUGGGAGCAGAAGCUGACCAGAACUACCAGAACUACAUAUUAAGAGCUCUGGGGCAGAUCAUGCUGUAUGUAGACGGGAUGAACGGGGUCAUUGGUCACGCUGAAACAAUCCAGUGGCUGUACACUCUUGUUGGCUCAAAGUUCCGUCUGGUGGUGAAAACAGCUCUGAAGCUGUUGCUGGUGUUUGUGGAGUACUCUGAGUCCAACGCUCCGCUGCUGAUAGAAGCCAUCACCGCUGUGGACAACAAGAGAGGCUGCAAGCCAUGGUCCAAUGCUAUGGAGAUCUUACAUGAGAAGGAUGGAGUGGACACAGAGCUGCUGGUCUAUGCCAUGACCCUAAUCAAUAAGACACUUGCAGCACUGCCAGAUCAGGAUUCAUUCUAUGACAUGGUGGAUGGUCUGGAGGAACAGGGCAUGGAGACAGUGUCACAAAGACACCUGGGGCGGAAAGGCACUGAUCUGGACUUGGUUGAGCAGCUCAACAUCUAUGAGAUGACCUUACGGCAUGAAGACGGUGACGAUGACAGCCAGCCUCCACCAAUGGGACGCCGGGACCGCAGACGAGCCAGCCUUGGGGGCGGGGACAAAAAGCGUGGCCUGGAGAGGAGGCGGAGCCGCAGGGCCUCUCUCGGGCGAUCCGGUCAUGCCUCCCCCUGCAGCCCUUCAUCCAGACAGAGAGCCGGCUUCCAGCCUUUCUGUGCACAGAGAGCCGAGGAAAUGAGUGAGAGGGCACUGUCAGGUUACCUUCCAUCCAUAGAGGAGGAGUGUGAGGAUGGGGUAGAGGAGGAGGAGGAGGAGGAGGAGAAGGAAGAGGAAACUCCAGUGACUGAGUCUGAUUCGGAUGAGCAGGAGGGGGCUGAUACAGUGUCUAAUCAGACCACCCCCAGCCCGGCUAGACAUCUUCCAUCCAUUGUUCAUAGAACGACCGUCCAGUCCAUCACCAUCACGUCCAGAAAGGAGAUUAUAAAAGAGGAUGAGCAGAGCAAUCGGACUGAACCACCUCCAGCAUCCACCCUCCACUCCCCUUCUACUCCCACUUCCUCUCCUCCCCUCUCCUCCCCUCUCAGCCCCCCAGCCCAGCCCUCGCUUCUGGCCACCCUGCUGGCCAGGAAGAGGUCCGCUGUCACCGUCCCGGCUACUAAAGAGGUCAGCCCACCAUUGCGUUGCAGCUCUCGCCCCUCCCCCGAAUGCUUGCCCUACGUGCCCCACUCGCCCUUCCACCUCUUCUCCUACGACCUCGAUGAGGAGCCGUCGCCCCCGGCUCCAGCCAAACCCAGUGAGGAGUCACCCAAAACAACGUCUCCCAGGAAUGGAGGUUUCAUGUCCUACUCCUCUCUCAGCAGUCCAAGUACGCCCACCAGCUCCAGGCCUGCUCUGGGAGGUCUUCUGUCCUCCUCCUACCGACAACACCAGGAGUCUCUGGCAGCUGAGCGAGAGCGCCGCCGUGUGGAGAGAGAGGAGAGACUGCAGAGGAUAGAGAGAGAGGAGCGGAAUAAGCACAACCGCGACUAUGUGGAUAAAAUGGAAGAGGCCAGGCUUGCGCGGGAGGAGAGGUAUAAGAACGUGGAGCGUCUGGCAGCAGAGGAGUACGAGAAGGAGCGCGUCCGGGUCUCGAGGAGUCGCCCUGACCUCAACCUGACCUUUGGAACCUCGGAGGCCUGGCCCUCGUCAUCAUGUAGUAGCACCCCGUCUUCCUUCGCCUCCCAAGAGGACGCAGAGGCUGACCUUGAACCUGAGACCCCAGCCACCCCCUACAUCCCCUCUGAGACUGGUAGGACAACUGGGAAUACUUGCAGAGAGGCUGAUGACUCCAGUGCCAGUGUAGAAACAGAGGAAAAAGAGGCAGAAGCCAACGCUGAAGAGGAGGAAGAACAGAAAGAACAAAAAGAAGAGGAGGUGCAGGAGGAAACAACUGAAGAAAAGGAGGAGAAAGUGGAGGAGUGUGAGCAGGAACCGGAGAAGGAGAGAGAGGAGGCAGAGGAGGACAGUGGCAUCCUGAGUGACAAGGAACGACAGAAUGAGGAAGUAAAUGAAAAGGACAACUGCUCAGCCUCCAGCAUCUCCUCUGCCAGCAGCACUCUGGAGAGAGAGGAGAGGGGGAGCACUGAGAAUGGCUUUAAGGAGACAGAGGUGAAUGAGCAGUGCAGCAAUCUCCUCAACAGCAAACUCUUCAUGCUGGACAUGCUGUACUCCCAGAACAAGAAGCCCAGUGAUGAGGAAGAGGAAGAGGAGGAUGCAGAAAGGGAGAAAGAGAGAGGAGAGGGGGAGGACAAAGAAGUCCAGGAGGACACUAAGGGGCAGCUGGGCGAUGAUCAGGAGAGCGACAACAGGGCUGACAAAUCAGAGCACCACAGGAGCAUCCGUCCAUUCGCUGAACGAUUUGGAGACUUGAUCAAGGACCUCGGUUCACCCCACCCUCACCUGGACGGCCCAGCCAACGAGCCCCCUCCUCCCCCACCCAAAAAGGAAUCAGACACAAUCUGGGACCAGCUCCUGGCCAGCCCUCGAGAGCUGCGCAUCGGGGACAUCAACUUCACCGACCUGACGGAGGACGAUGACAAGGACAUUCUGGAUGCCGUCUUGAUGGGAGGAUGUGGUGACCUCCCGCCCCCGCCUCCUCCUCCACCCUGCAUCCCCCUCUUCCCUCCACCCCCACCCAGGCUAGGCAGCUGCCCCCCACCUCCUCCUUUGAUUGGGAUUAUGAGGCCUCCACCUCCUCCUUCCUUUAGUUCUCCAAUUCUGGUGCCUCCUCCCCAAGAGCCGCCUCUAUUCAACAAGAAGAAAAAGACAAUCAGGCUCUUCUGGAGCGAGGUGCGUCCGACAGACCCUCAGUACAGGGACUACAAUCAGAGUGGAGACUCACUCUGGUCCAAACUGGAACCAGUAAAGUUGGACACAGCUAAACUGGAACACCUGUUUGAGUCGAGGUCGAAGGAAAUGCCAGUUACAAAGAAAACGGCAGCAGACGGCAAGCGUCAGGAGAUCAUUGUUUUGGAUUCCAAGAGGAGUAAUGCCAUCAACAUUGGUCUGACGGUGCUGCCUCCUCCUCGCACUAUCAAGACGGCCAUCCUUAACUUUGAUGAGUAUGCGCUAAACAAGGAGGGCAUAGAGAAAAUCCUGACCAUGAUUCCCACCGAGGAGGAGAAGCAGAAGAUCCAGGAGGCUCAGCUGGCAAACCCUGAUGUCCCGCUGGGCUCAGCAGAGCAGUUCCUCCUCACUCUGUCCUCCAUCAGCGAGCUCUCUGCCAGACUCCAACUCUGGGCCUUCAAGAUGGACUAUGAGGCAACCGAGAAGGAAGUAGCAGAGCCGCUGCAGGAUCUGAAGGAGGGUAUGGAGCAGCUGGAGAAGAACAAAACUCUACGCUACAUCCUCUCCACACUGCUCUCCAUUGGAAACUUCCUCAACGGCACCAAUGCUAAAGGCUUCGAGUUGACAUACCUGGAGAAGGUUCCAGAGGUGAAGGACACGGUCCAUAAACAGUCUCUGCUGCAUCACGCCUGCUCUGUGGUGGUGGAGAACUUCCCCCAGAGCACCGACCUCUACUCCGAGAUUGGAGCCAUCACACGUUCUGCAAAAGUGGAUUUCGACCAGCUGCAGGAAAACCUGUGUCAGAUGGAGCGCCGCUGCAAAGCCUCAUGGGACCACCUCAAGGUGAUCGCCAAGCAUGAGAUGAAGCCCCAGCUGAAGCAGAGGAUGUCUGACUUCCUCAAAGACUGUGCCGAGAGGAUCAUCAUCCUCAAGAUUGUUCACCGCAGGAUCAUCAACAGGUUCCAUUCUUUCCUGCUAUUCCUUGGUCAUCCGGCCUACAGCGUGAGGGAGAUCAGCGUCCACAGGUUCAGUAAGAUCCUCAGCGAGUUUGCACUGGAGUACCGAACCACCAGAGACCGCGUGCUGCAGCAGAAACAGAAAAGGGCCGAUCAUCGCGAACGCAACAAGACCCGAGGAAAGAUGAUCAUGGACGUCAACGCUCCUUCUGAUGAUGAAGAGGAGAGUGAGUGUGGCCGUUAUGCCUCCAGCUGCAACAACAGCGCCCCUAGUGGCAGUCAAGAGAGCGAGCAGCCUCAGGGCUUGGGCCAUGCCGAGGACGCUGCAGAGCACGAGCACAUGAAAGCGGUGCUGAGAACCAGCCUCAGCGGCGGCGACAAGGAGGGCAGCGGGGUACCGGGGCUUCGGACACGGACAAGGUCACGGCCUGGACGAGGAGGUCGCAGUAUGCAGGCAAGGACACCAGCCGUGGAGGAGGCUCAGAUCUGUGGAGACGACGCCGCAGAUGAGAUCAUGGAGCGUAUCGUGAGGUCGGCCACUCAGGGUCCAGGAACCAGAACUCAGCCUAGAGAGAGGAGGAGGUCCAGGGCAAACCGCAAGUCAUUGAGGCGGACUCUGAAGAACGGUCUGACACCAGAAGAAGCUCUCGCUUUAGGACUAACCGACUCUCCAGAUACACAAAUGUGAUCACCCACCUCCUCCUCGUUGCUGUGGAAACAGAGUGGCAAACAUUGAUGCCACACCUCUGUCAGCUGCCUGCCUUCACCACACUUUACAAAGUUGUAUUCCACUAGUUACGUGCCCUUUUAGGUUUUUGCCAGCUGCUAAUCCUGCCUGAUGUGUCUGAGUGAUGAAACUGCAGCCAUGAUAAUGCAACACAAAGAAAAAUCCUCCUGAAGAAAAAGUGGAAGUGAAGCAAGAGAAUGCGUUGAAUGAGGACUGAUAUAUUCAACUUGGCAAGAAGGAAAAGAAAAUUCGGAUUCAGUGAUGCUCUAAACUGAGCUGAAACAUUUUUUAUUUAUACAAACAUAUUUUAAACAUUGUGUUAGUCCAAAGGGAUAAUUUUUGCUUGUAAGUUUCUGCAGCUGUGACUUCACCACGUUUCAUUUAUUUAAGCUGUGAAUUUGAGUUAUAAACAUGAACGGGCUGAAGAGGAAGCUCAGUUUGUUCUCCUAUCCAGUUUCAAAGAGUCCCCAGAGCUCGCCGCAAAACAGAGAGGCUAACUAAGAAUUGUCCUUUAUGAGAAUGCACGUUUGAUUCUGCAGCUGCACGUUUGACAAGUGGCGAGUGGAACGGCGUUUAGUAGGAAUGUGAAAGGUUUUCAAUGUGAUGCGUGCCUUUCAUUUAUAAGGGAAAUUUCUGUACCUUUUUGCCAUCUCUUCCUAUUGUUUUAUUCACUUCUCAAAUGACUCACAAAUGUCACCUUCACAGUUGUACUUAUACCGAGUAUGAGUGUUGGAUACAAUUACGUUUUUUAUUUUGACAAAAUCGUCCUCAGUAUUUAUUUGCAAAGCUCUGACAUCUUGCACCUUAUUCAGCAUUAAUAGUCUGUCAUGCUGAAAUGAACUGAUUAAAAACACAGAUAAAGAAAGUUUUAUCUCAGAGGAAAUCUGUAAAAUGUCAAAAGACAAAAAGACAACACCUUUUUUUUUUUUUAAAUUUUGAAUAAUCUAUUUGAAGGACAUGCAGAGAGUUCUGCAAGAAAUGUGUAAAUGCCCUUGUCAGCUGCCAGAUACAGUGUGCACGUUUAGUGCGGUUCACGUUCUGUAUUAUUUUUGUAAUUUUCUGUAGAAACUUGUAUUAUAGUCUGAGAGAAAAGGAUAAAAAGAGACUAUUCUGUGAAUUGUAAUUAAAAAUAAAAGAAAUGAAAGGUGUGGUCAGAGAUGAAAUAUGUGUUUUUAAAAUGUUGCUCCCUGCAGAGAGAGGGGAGCAACAUUUACUUUGAACUUUGUGGCCACGUCGUACUUUGUAUGAACAUGAAUAGGUCGUGGAACAGUCUGGAUAAUUUAAGUCCCAACUGAAGUGUGCGCUCCUCUCACAGUACAGCGAAAACUGGGAAACGUCACUGCAUAAAUAUCAUGUAGUGAGCUGAACAUGAAACUAUGGUUACAAACACUUCCACUUGAAAUGCUGUGUAUACACUUUCUGCAAUAAAAGACAA